AUGAACAUUAAGGUAGAUGCAAGCCAAGACAAAAGUUCUUUGGAUUUAAAUACGAAUAAUGUCUAUAUUAAACAAGAGCGUGUUGUGGAAGAAGAGCAAAGGAAAAUGGAGGAGCUGGAACUUUAUGCAGAUCAUGAAAUCAAGGAAGAAUUGGUCAUAGGACCAGUGGUGUUGCAGCCUCCUGUGUUAGAUCGAACAAGAUACGUACAGAGCACAUCUGAUGGGUUGAACGCUGAUAUUCUAAACACCAACACUAAACGUUAUACACGGAAAUACCAUCUAAAGCGUCAUAAAAUAACUUGUACUGGAGAGAAGCCGAAUCAAUAUGAACAAUCUGACAAAACUUUCCCCAGAAAGAAACCAUACACUUGUGAUAUUUGCAAUAAAUGUUUUGUGAGAAAAUGGGUUCUUCAAACUCAUAUAAUGGUCCAUACUGGUGACAAACCACACAGAUGUGACCACUGUAACAAAAGUUUUGCUUCUAAAUACAAUUUUAAUACACAUUUAAGGAUUCAUACAGGAGAGAAACCAUAUCAGUGUGAUAUUUGCAAUGAACGUUUUGUAAGAAAAGGGAAUCUUAAAACUCAUAAUAUAAUAGUCCAUACUGGUGAAAAACGAUAUAAAUGUGACCAUUGUAACAAAGGUUUUUCUUCUAAAUACAAUUGCAAUAAACAUUUAAGGAUUCAUACAAGAGAGAAAUCAUGUAAGUGUCAUAUUUGCAAUGAAUGUUUUAUACGAAAAGGGGAUCUUAAAACUCAUAUAAUGGUCCAUACCGGACCAUUUGUGAUAUUUGCAAUGAAUGUUUUAUUAGAAAAGGGGAUCUCAAAACUCAUUAUGGUGCAUUCUGGUGAAAAACCAUACAAAUGUGUUAUUUGCAAAAAAUGUUUUAUAUCAGAAUAUUACUUGAAGCGUCAUAUAGUAACAAACGAUACAAAAUGUGAUCUCCAUAACAAAGUUUGUCUAUAAAUCAAGUUAUAUUAUGCAUUGAAGAACUCAUACUGGAGAGAACUUGAUACUUGGUGUAACGGGCUGGUAUCCGCAAUUUGAC